UUUGGGGGCACCCAGUACAGCCUGGUGGUGUUCAGCACCGGGGAUCCUGAGUGUUUGGGGGUACCCAGUACAGCCUGGUGGUGUUCAACACCGUGGAUCCUGAGGGGUUUGGGGGAUCCUGAGCGGUUUGUGGGAUCUCUGAAUGGUUUGGGGGGUUCCUGUUGUGACCAUUCCCCCAUUUUCUCCCAGUUUGGGGGCACCCAGUACAGCCUGGUGGUGUUCAACACCGUGGACUGUGCCCCCGAGUCGUACGUGCAGUGCCACGCGCCCACCAGCAGCGCCUACGAGUUCCUCACCUGGCUCGACAGCAUCCAGUUCGUGGGGGGGGGCGGCGAGAGCUGCAGCCUCAUCGCCGAGGGGCUCAGCACGGCCCUGCAGCUCUUUGAUGACUUCAAGAAGAUGAGGGAGCAGAUCGGGCAGACCCACAAGGUGUGUGUGUUGAUCUGCAACUCCCCCCCGUACCUGCUGCCCGCCGUGGAGAGCACCACCUACUCUGGGUACAGCACCGAGAGCCUCGUGCAGAGGAUUGCUGAGCCCCCGCCGGACCACAACCCUACCAGGUGCCCCCGCGCGCUGAACGCGGCGCAGGCGGCGACGCAGUCGGCGGUGGAGGCUGCCAAGAGCCAGAAGAGCCUGGGCGCUACCAGGGGGCUCAAGGUGCUGGCCUGGAGUGGGGUCCUCGAGUGGCAGGAGAAACCCAAGCCGGCCUCGGUGGACUCGAGCACGAAGCUCACCCGGUCCCUGCCCUGCCAGGUCUACGUCAAUGCUGGGGAGAACAACCUGAAAACAGACCAGUGGCCCCAAAAGCUGAUCAUGCAGCUGAUCCCACAGCAGCUCCUGACCACCCGGCCCCUUUUCCGGAAUUCCCGGAUGGUUCAGUUCCACUUCACCAACAAGGACCUGGAGUCGCUCAAGGGGCUCUACAGGAUCAUGGGCAGUGGUUUUGCGGGCUGUGUGCACUUCCCCCACACGGCACCGUGCGAGGUUCGUGUCCUGAUGCUCCUCUACUCGUCCAAGAAGAAAAUCUUCAUGGGGCUGAUCCCCUACGACCAGAGCGGCUUCGUCAACGGCAUCCGCCAGGUCAUCACCAACCACAAGCAGGUGCAGCAGCACAAGAUGGACCAGCAGAGAGGGGUGAGACCCCCCAAAAAACCCCAAAAACACCCCAAAAACCACACCCAUAUAGACCCCACAGAGCUCACAGAGCCCCCCCAGGUCAUCACCAACCACAAGCAGGUGCAGCAGCACAAGAUGGACCAGCAGAGAGGGGUGAGACCCCCCAAAACCCCCCCAAAUCCCUACAGACCCCACAGAACCCCCACAAAACCCUACAGAGCCCUCAGACCCCAUAGAUCCCAUACAGACCCCAUAGAACCCCCCCAGGUCAUCACCAACCACAAGCAGGUGCAGCAGCACAAGAUGGACCAGCAGAGAGGGGUGAGACCCCCCAAAAAACCCCAAAAACACCCCAAAAACCACCCCAAACCACCCUCAAAAUCCUACAGAUCCUAUAGAGCCCAUACAGACCCCACAGAGCUCACAGAGCCCCCCCAGGUCAUCACCAACCACAAGCAGGUGCAGCAGCACAAGAUGGACCAGCAGAGAGGGGUGAGCCCAGGGCUGGCCACGGUGGGGAUGAUGGAGGAGCAGCAGCGGCAGCAGAGCCUGCUGCAGCUCCGGGCUCAGCAGCAGCCCAGCCAGGCCAGGGGGGCUUUGCUGCGCCCCCAAAACCCGGGGGCCAACCCCCAGCUCAGGAGCCUCCUGCUGAGUCAGCAACCGGUGAGUGACCCCCCAAAAAACACCCCAAAAAUGCACGGGGAUACCCCCAAAAACAUCCCCCCAGGGCAGAUGUUGCUGCCCCCCGGCCCCAGGGGUCCCGUCCCCCCGGGGGGGCUCCAGCCCGUGCAGACCCCCAGCGUGAUGGAGGAGGACAUCCUGAUGGACCUCAUCUAG